GAUGUUAUAUUUUUCAUCUCCAAAAAUUUUAUUUGCUUCUUAAAAAAAAUUUUUUCUUUAGUUCUCUUCUAUCAUCUUUUCCUUUAAAAGUAUACUGAGCAUACUGAGUGUAUUUAUAAUAGGUGUUUAAAGUCCUUAUUUGUUAAUGCCAUCAUUUUUGUCCUUUCUGGAAAUGUUUCUAUCAACUAUAUUUUUCUAUUCCUUGGCAUGUCUAUUAAUUUUUGACUGGAUUUGUUGAAUUUAAUGUUGUUGAGUCCUGGAUUUUGUCAUAGUCUUUUAGAGAGAUUUAUACAUAUUCAACAGUCUCUCCGUUUUGGCUGAAGGGAACACAGAUUAUUUUUAGUCUUGUGUGAGCUCCGAGAAUUGUUUGGCCUACUGCUCCCCAAUAACUGGUCUUUCCUGGUCUUGUGGUUUCACAUGACAUAGCCACUGGUUUUUAUUCAGCUAAAGAUGCCAGGGUACUCCUCUGCAGAUUUCUGAAGCUCUUUCUUCAUGAAUUCCACCUCCUAAGUUCCAACCAACUUGGCCUCCUCAAGUCCCCUAAACGCCAAGCCCUGUCUUCUUAACUCAGUAAGACCUGUCUUCUCAGUGAGACCCAAGGUCUUUGUUUGAGUUCCCUUUCCCUGCACCACAAACUGGAAAUUGCCUCCAGGCAGAAAGCAGGGUGACACAGGGCUCAUCUUGUUUCUUUUCUGUCAGGUACAACAGUCCUGGACUGACGUUUGUCCAACGUCUGAGAACAGUUGUUUCAUACAUUGUUCAGUUUUUCGGUUAAGUCCAGACUCAUUUCCUCUUUUCCAAAAGAGGACGUGUUAACUAUUUCAUAAAUGUUAUUUGCUAUCAUUAAAAUUCCCCUCUAUGGUACUUGUUGUUUUUCUUCUCAGGAAAAGUUGAUGGAAUCAUUUACUCUUGGUAUCCUCUAGUAACCAACGUUCAGAUUCUUGAGUGACUUCAAUGGGAACCCGCGCUGCCUCCGCGCAGGGUCAGCUAAGCCCAUUUCUCCCCCCUCCGCCCCGCGCACUCUCCCCUUCCCUUCCUCCUCCCGCCCAAGUCGGCGGACGCGCUCGCCCUCCGCGCGCGCCGGCCCACUGCGCCUGCGCGACGUGCAGACGCCACACGCUCCCGGAAGUAGGAGGUGUCCGCUCGAUUUGUGUGGCCGCCGCCGCGGGAACGGGAGCCGGUAAUUUUUCGACGGAGAAAGGCGAGCCUUUUGGGCUUGGCCGAGUGAGAGUGGGUGAGUGUCGGGCUCCAGCAGGUCUCUUCUUACUUGGCACCCGGCAUGGAGGAUGAGCAGAGCAAACAGGCAGGUGGCGAGGCCGUGGCUCCCGCACUGCAGGAGUCGCCGCGGUUGGAGUCAACGGAGGAGCGACAGCAUCCGCAUCCCGAGAAAAAGCAACGAUGUAGAUUUGAUGGCCAAGAAACAAAAGGAUCUAAGUUCAUUACCUCCAAUUCCAGUGAUUUCAGUGACCCAGUUUAUAAAGAGAUUGCUAUUACGAAUGGUUGCAUUAAUAGAAUGAGUAAGGAAGAACUCAGAGCUAAACUUUCAGAAUUCAAGCUUGAAACCAGAGGAGUAAAGGAUGUACUAAAGAAGAGGCUGAAAAACUAUUAUAAGAAGCAGAAGCUGAUGUUGAAAGAAAGCAAUUGUGCUGACAGUUAUUAUGACUACAUUUGUAUUAUUGACUUUGAAGCCACUUGUGAAGAGGGUAACCCACCUGAAUUCAUACAUGAAAUAAUUGAAUUUCCUGUUGUUUUACUGAAUACUCAUACUUUAGAAAUAGAAGAUACAUUUCAGCAGUAUGUGAGACCAGAGAUUAACACACAACUUUCUGAUUUCUGCAUCAGUCUAACUGGAAUUACUCAGGAUCAGGUAGACGGAGCUGAUACCUUCCCUCAGGUACUGAAGAAAGUAAUUGACUGGAUGAAAGUGAAGGAAUUAGGAACAAAGUACAAAUAUUGCAUAUUAACAGAUGGUUCAUGGGAUAUGAGUAAGUUCCUAAACAUUCAGUGCCGGCUAAACAGGCUCAAAUAUCCUCCUUUUGCUAAAAAGUGGAUCAAUAUUCGAAAGUCAUAUGGAAACUUUUACAAGGUUCCUAGAAGCCAAACCAAACUAACAAUCAUGCUUGAAAAACUAGGAAUGGAUUAUGAUGGGCGGCCUCACAGUGGUCUUGACGACUCUAAGAAUAUUGCCCGAAUAGCAGUUCGAAUGCUUCAGGAUGGAUGUGAACUCCGAAUUAAUGAGAAAAUGCAUGCAGGACAGCUAAUGAGUGUGUCCUCCUCACUACCAAUAGAGGGCACUCCACCUCCACAAAUGCCACAUUCUAGAAAAUGACAGCAUUUUUGCCCUUUUGCCCAUGAAUCAUUCACUCUAACUGCUACAAAGGUAGCAGAUGAAUGCUUAUUGAAUUAGUCUUGCGGUGUAAAAUUUAAGCACCUUAAACAUUUAAAAUCUCAUUAACAGUUAUAGAUACAUAUAUGUAUGUGAACAGAUUCUGUGGGGAGGGCAUAUUGAAUUAGUUGUCACCAGCACUUUUGAUAUGAGCAGUAUUUGUUACACAGUAACAGUUCCUGCUUAGAACUGAAUUUUAUAAUUUAAGGUGUCCAAGAUAUGUUCCAUUUGGUUUUAAAUGCAAAAAUUUAUUGGCUCUCAUUUUGAAUGUCAUCUCUUAUUGAUGUUAAAAUAUAUGGUGUAUUUCUACAUUAACAUUGUUAGAUCAAAUCCUUUCUUAAAAUGAAGAUUGGAAGAUAGGCCUUUGGGUUUUAAGAAUAUUAUAGUCCUUUUGAUUUUUGAAGUUUAUAUGUGAAGUGCAGCUGGUGAUGAAUUUCAUGAAGUACUUGGUACAUAAACAAUCUACCUAUGUUUCUUUUCAAUUCAUAAUUGGAAGGCUUGUAAUAGAUUAUAGGGGUCUGGUUAAAAAUUCAGAUGAGAUUAAUGGAAAGUCAGAAGAAAAUACCUGUAAAGGAGUACAAGGGCUGUAGCUCAAACUUUAUAAUGCGUAGGUAAAUUAAUGGGGUUUUGGGACUUGGCUUUUUAGUUUCCCUCCUCUUUGUGACAUAUCUGCCCUUAUUCUUAAAUCUAGAGACCAUGCUUUGAAGUAGACUUAAAAUUAAGGAUUACCACUUUAUUUUGCAUUUGUAUUCAAUGUUAUGAAUAAGGUUAAUAAAGUUAAAUAAUGCUUUCUACAAUAUCUUAUGUUUUUAUUAUUAAAAACUGAUUUUACAUGGUGAGUGGCCACUAUGUGGGUUGAGAAAAUAAAACUUUUUAUCUAGAAGCUAAAAAUGCAUAUUUUCAGAAUUGAAUUUCCCACAGCUUUCAUGGGGCAAUUUCAUUGACAUUGCUUCUUUUCUUUUCUAAUAAUAAUUGUGAUGCUACUUUAUUUUAAUGAUUUAUAUAUUAUAAUCAAAUGAGUUUUAUAGAGGUUUUCCAAACCUGAUGCAUAGGAGAAAAGUAGGUAUUUUUUUUGGUAUGAGAAUACACAGUGCUGUAGGUUUCUUACUUGAAAAAAAUGAAUUCUGCUCUUGGGCAGUAGUUGUAGAAUCAGCAUAAUAAAGAAUAAGUGGAGAACAGAAAGCACAAGGGUAUAUGAUGCCCUUAGACAGACCGAUAUUGAUUAUAGUAAAACGAGGAAAUCUAGAUGUUUUAGGUUUAUACAGUAAAUUCUUGAGGUGAAAUGGGUAUAUGCUAAGAUUUUUGUGAAUCCUAAAUAGCACCAUAUAAUGUACCAUAAAGUAUUACUGAAAGUUUUAAAGAACUGCCUUCAAAUCCUAUUGAGUUACUGUGCCAGGGCAGAGGAGUAGAGAAUAGCAAAUCACUACUGAAAAGUGGAUUCCAGGAGUUCGACUAGGCAUGCUCCGUAGGUGAGUGUUUCCCACAUAGCCACAUUCAUGCCAUAGCAAAGCUGUACUUAUCUCACUAGUUUACGAGUUGCUCAUCAGUAGCUAAAACUGC